UCGUUGAUGGGCAGAAUGACAAAGAGCGCGGAUGAUGGUGAGAACAAAACUUUUGUCCGUCCGAAUAUGCAGUGUGAGACAAACACUGCAAGCUGAAGAACAACGACGACCUCGAUGAGGGGCCGGGCAACAGCCGACGUCAGAUGCAACAGGGGGCCACAGCUGCCUGGUUCAACAGGAGACACAGGAAAGGGGAAAUGAGCUGCAGGGUGAGGGAAUCGAGGGAUAGGUAUCUGGUAGUUAGCCAUCCAAAAUACCUAAAGCAUUGUCGAGAUGCCUGGCCAGAAAAGAGAAGCAUUUCACCUUGCUUCUUCGUGUUGACCCCACCUCCCUUCAGACGCAUCUCACGCACGGACAUCCCCAUAAACAUGGGGCGGGCGUCAACCGUCAGUGCUCCCGGCUCGCUGGGAAGCCUUAUUCACCAGUCAAGUCCCGUUGAGAAGCUCGUCAGUUUCAGAAUUGCUUCAAGAACUGUCCACCGCGUCCAUUUCCGGUUUGUUGUCUCUGUCCCAUUUUGGAAUCUGGAUGGCAAACAGAUGGGAUGGAAAAUAACAAGCCGACGCAUAAUUUACCGGUCCGGCCAUGCGAGGUUGGCUGGGAACCAGUGGCCGUUGGUGGUCGUUGGUCAACGGCCGGUCCUCGAGAGGCCGUCUACGAGUAGGGAGGGGACAUCGGUGAUCGGGUCUGAUGGAAUCAUGAACUUGAUGAGAGAUUUAUCAUGGGUGGAUAGCGAGUGUAUCGGACAAUGGUGUGAUUGCUGACUCGUGUGGUUCCAGUCCCGGAAGAUUCAAAACGUGUAAGAAGUAUUGAAGAACAUGUCUUCAGUGCCACUUGGUCGGGACUGUGGGAGCAUCAAAGGACACGCAGAGUUCAAGACAUGACUGUCGCCGGCCGACUCAAAAUACUCAUGCUCAUAUCACCAUCCGGUCUCGGCCCCGGCCGACAAUGGCUUCGGUAGCCGUGGCCUGGAACCCGGCAGUCAACGAUAAAGAACGGCCGGUCUCGCGGGUUUGUCGCCCUUAGGUCCGGCCUUUUUGCGGACCAGUGGAGCAGAAGCCCGCCAGUUCGUCGGCAUCACAAGCACAACAUCACGACCUGCUAGACCUCGGUCGUCUCGGGAGUGGAAAGGCUUCAUUAUCGCCAAGUGGCCGAUGUGGCACUCUGCUAGGCUCAUAACAUCGAGCAUUGAUGGGACCCUUGGUUAUGCGUCACCUUCGAGCAUCUGCUGUGUGAUGCAAACCAAGGGUACGGAUCCGGAACCCGGAGGACCCAGCCGUUAACUUCGGAUCCAACCAAGCAGUCUAUCCUCUUUUGGGGAAUCGGAGGCUCGUUGCUGUCUCCAAAUUUCUCCAAAUCUUGCGGUUUGGUCUCGAGUAUCUUCUGUGUCGCACUUUCACACAACUGACGACAAUCCCAUUCUCUUCUGGCCAAUCAUAAGCAGGGUGUUGCAAAGAAGCACAAAUGCUCGAAGAACAUAUCCAGAUUGAUACACGGGGCGGUGGCGGAGGCUCAAUAUGAGCUGCGAGGUUGAUUACACGUCUGCUUGACGGCCACGAAUGGAAGGCGGUGAAGCAUUGCAUCGUCAAAAAAAGUUUACCCCUCCCCCACCUUCGAAGUUGCUACCCGCUACAACGGCGCAUUUCCAAACUCGUCGCCCGGACGCCCUGCUGCAUUGAGCCUAGGAUUUGGCCAAAGACAUCUGUUGUUCUGCUGCUUGCCUCCGUCUUCGGACACACAUGCGUGGAAGGGAUCGACUUAGUGGCCGGGAGUGGCCAAUUCCUCUUCCCGUCAGGUUCACCCCACCAGCCUGUCGAUGCUCUCAGUAUUGCAUCGUGGGUUGGAUUUCAUGAGCUGCCUACGCAGAAUGCUGAAACUUGCAAAUCUCCCAAGGUAUAUCUCGCUCAUUGCUUGGAGCUCGCGAUGGCAUGUCAACUCAGCCACGGCGUUCAACGUACAGGUAGGGAUUGUUACCAUUUGGAAAUUUUAGUGCCCGACAUCCCGCCCCGGACCGAUAUUGGUCUUGGGACACUGAACUGGGGCACCGUCUGAGUCACUUGAACAAGUCAAUAUCAUCUCAUCUCCCACUUGCUCCAGAGAUACCAGAAUUGUUCCGAUUCAAAUAUUCCAAUUGUGAAGCUUUAUCAGUCAAGCCCCUUUUAAUUGGUUUAUCGAAGUUCAAGCUCCUCGGUUUCUUUUGUUGCUGCACCUGGCCCACUACAAUUGUAAUUGCUCGGAUCUCAGAGGUCAACCCAAUUUUUGCCUUAAAGAACCUACCCCAGCCCAUCUCACCCUCCAAACUGGCCGCACCUUCCCUGCUACUUGCAGCUACAACAUCACCUCUGGAGAACAUCGCUUCGUGUUGUCUCUUCUCGUCCUUCACAACACACCCUCACCCGGAUUUUUGGGCUGUCUUGCUUUCAUUCGACACGCAACCGUUUUGUGAUACCCUAUAAUACAUCGCUCACCAUGCCCGGACUUGAUAUGGCGCCUCUUCAGGCCGAUGACAUGAGAGUGUUGGGUCAAGAUCCCCUCAUUCCCCCUGCCCUUCUUAUUUCUGAGAUCCCCAUCACCGAGGAUGCUCUGCAAACAGUAGUAAAGGGCAGACGUGAUGCCGUCGGCGUCAUCAUGGGCCGCAACGACCGUCUCCUGGUCAUCGUCGGCCCAUGCUCCAUCCACGACCCCGCCACCGCCAUUGAGUACGCACAUAGACUCAAGGCUCUCUCCGACAAGCUCUCAGAGGACCUCGUCAUCGUCAUGCGCGCUUACCUCGAGAAGCCACGCACCACCGUUGGCUGGAAGGGUCUGAUCAACGACCCUGAUAUCGAUGAGACCUUCAAGAUCAAUAAGGGUCUCCGCGUAUCCAGACAGCUCUUCCGUGACCUCACCUCCACCGGCAUGCCCAUCGCUACCGAGAUGUUGGACACCAUCUCUCCUCAGUUCUUAGCCGACCUGAUCUCAGUUGGUGCCAUCGGUGCCCGUACCACCGAGUCUCAGCUCCACCGUGAGCUCGCCUCUGGCCUGUCCUUCCCUAUCGGCUUCAAGAACGGAACCGAUGGCAGUCUUGGUGUUGCUAUCGAUGCCAUCGGUGCUGCCGCUGCCAAGCAUCACUUCAUGGGUGUAACCAAGCAGGGUCUUGCUGCCAUCACUCGUACCAGCGGGAACGAGCACGGCUUUGUCAUUCUCAGAGGUGGCACCAAGGGCACUAACUACGACAAGGCCAGCGUCCAGGCUGCCAAGGAGACCCUUGUCAAGAAGGGUCAAAAGCUCGCUAUCAUGAUUGACUGCUCUCACGGUAACUCUAACAAGGACCACCGCAACCAGCCCAAGGUGGCCGCCACCGUCGCCGAGCAGCUCCGCGAGGGCGAGACCGCCAUCAUUGGUGUCAUGAUUGAGUCCAACAUCAACGAGGGCAACCAGAAGGUACCUGCCGAGGGCCCUGCCGCUCUCAAGAAGGGCGUCUCCAUCACCGAUGCCUGCAUCAACUGGGAGAACACCGUGGCCGUCCUCGAGGACCUCGCCGCCGCCGUUCGCGAGCGCCGCAAGGUCAACGCUGGCAAGGAGGCCGCUGCCGAGGCCAAGACCACCCCGUUGGAGGAGGAUUAGGAUCUCACCUUUGACCGGAUGGGGAAUACUUUGUACUUUCGGGAGUUUUUACCUCGACAAGGGGUUUCUGGGUUUAGCAUUGGGCAAUGAAAACACAAAAAGCGGAAGGAAUGGGAAUUUCAAAAGCAGGAAGGCAAAAAAAAGUGCGUCGUAUCAUGGGAAGGGAGACAAAAAGCAAGCUUGGGGAAUAAACAUGAGCAGGGUUCCAUGUCGGUUUUUUUUGGUCAACAACAAAAACGGGGUUGAUGGAGGGGUGGUGGUCGAGUGCCGCAUAAUGAAACCGUUUUUUGCGAGCAAGGUGGUUUCCGUAGGGGGGGAGUAAUGUAAAGAAAUGAAAAAGAUCUUGUCAACAUGCUCGGUGCCAUGUGUAUUACUUUCAACAGACCAAGCCCGACUCAUUUGUCCAUUAAGGCCAUAACACGUCGUAUGAUAUGUAUUG